AUGUCAACUCAACCCCUGCCCCUAACUCGCGUUUCCAAAUUGACCCUGACGUUCCUUGUCGACAACACCAUCGAAUGGAUGACCAAACUCCCGCCAGGCUUCACUCACGAAAUCGUUCAUCACAUCCACGACUCGCCUCUCGAUGAGGAGAAAGGGGUUCCGCUCCUGAACUUUGACGACUUUUGCUGCGGGGCCCAUGGUUUUGCUGUCUUGCUCGAGACUGAGGUCGAUGGUGAAGAACACCGGGAAGGAGCUGAGGAGGCAAAGAUGAAGAAACACCUAACGCUUUUCGACACAGGUCCCGACUCGCUCUCCCUUGUUCGCAAUAUCCGGGGGCUACAAGUUCCCAUUACCGAAAUAGAGCGGGUCGUAACCUCGCACUGGCACUCGGACCAUACCGGCGGGUUACUUUCCUUCCUGAAACUUCGAAACGAAUGCGUAGAGAACAACGUCACUACGCCCCCGAGGAACUCUGCAGAUCCAAAGUCGUUCUCGGGCCAGCCUGCGCUAUCAAGUCCUGUACCACCCGUGAUUGUUGACGUCCAUCCUUCCCGACCGAUUCAGCGAGGUAUCGCACCUCCACCCUCUCAUAACGUCAUUUGCGCUAUCCCGGCGGACCCGUCUUUCGAGGAGAUCGUCGGCCUUGGAGCCACCUUGGAAAAACACAAGGACGGUCAUACAGUUGCCGGAGGGACGGUGUAUAUUAGUGGAGAGAUCCCUAGACUGACGGACUUUGAGGGCGGAUUGCUGGGGGGUGUGAGAUGGGUUGUUGAUGAAGAGGACAACAGUGUCGAGGGUGGGAAGGCGAAGGGAAAAUGGGUCUCGGAGCCUCACUUGAUGGAUGAACGCUACGCUGCAGUGGAUGUUGAGGGCAAGGGCCUGGUCGUGUUUAGCUCGUGCUCUCAUGCAGGAAUCAUCAACGUCGUGAAAGAUGCUGUUAAAACUUUCAAUCGGCCUAUUUAUAUGAUUGUGGGUGGCUUGCACCUGGCCUCAGCAGACCUCCAUCCCCGAAUCGAACCCACCGUCGAAUUCUUAUCCAAUUCACUCCGCCCAUCUCCAACCUAUAUUCUACCCAUGCAUUGUACCGGUUGGAAGGCAAAGGUAGCACUAGAAAAGGAGCUUGGGGAGGGAGUCGUCCCUGCUGGGGUUGGGCAUAAAGUAGAGAUUGUUGGAUCGAAGGAAGAGGGAGGUAGAGAGAGGUUGUGGGUUCAGAUUGUAGAGAGCUUGAAAUGA